GAUCACACUCUUUCUCUCUCUCUCUCUCUCUCAAAAAUAAACAUUAAAAAAAAAAAUGUUUGUCAGAAACUCUGCCCAUGCCUCUGUCGUAGAACAGCCUUUGGCAGCCUUCUCUGCAAAUGGGCUCUAUGGCCUGGCAUCCUCAUCCCUGCCACCUGUGAUCACAGGCCAAGGCCCCUGAGGAGUCACCACCAAGGUUUCCACCAGCCCACAAGCAACAGUGUGGCAACCAUCCCCUCCAGUGUCUCAUUUAUGGCCACCCACAACUAUUAUCAGCAACACCUGGAUUCCACUUCUAGUAACAGAAGUGCAGAGUAUCCUGGGGAUGCCAUCCCCCACCACCCUGGUCUCCCCAAGGCCAACCUGGGUCACUGGUGGGCAGGCUUCUUUUUUGGGAAGUCUACACUCCUAUUUAUGGCUACAGUAUUGGAGUCCCUAAAACACUUGGAAUGUCCCCAGGCCUCCAGUGGCACAGUCACCUGUGAUUUGGCUCUGGAAGCCAUGAAGAAGCAGCCUCAUGGCCAGCCUGGCAAAGCCAACACCAGACCCCCAUCCUGAGUGGCCACCACCAGCCACCAGGCUUCAUGAGGUCCUAGGUUCAUCAGAGCCACUCCCCUCCCCUCCCCUUUCCUCCUCUCCCUUACCCCCCCUUUCUUCCUCUUCCCUCCUCUCCCUUCCCCUCCCCUCCUCAUAGACUAGAGGCUGCAACAAGCAGAAGCAGUUGGUAUCUUUUGUAUCAAAACAGCAAAACACCAAAAAGGAAGUUAAAAGAACCCCACUCUUUACUAUCCAAGCCACAUUCAAGCCUUCGUGACACCCUGUAAUAGUGUGCCUUGCACCAAGUCUAAAAUAAACUCCAAGAAACUAGUAAAGAAAAAAAAAAGAUUUGGUAGAAUUCACCUAUGAAGCCGUCUGGUCCUGGACUUUUGUUUGCUGGGAUUUUUUUUAUUCCUGGUAAUCGAUCUAUUCAAAUUUUUUAUUAAUCCCUGCUUCGAUUUUGGGAGGUUACAUGUUUCUAAGAAUUUAUCCAUUAGGUUGUCCAGUUUAUUGGCAUAUAAUUUUCCAUAAUAUUCUCGUAUAAUCCUUUGUAUUUCUGUGGUAUUGGUUUACUACUCUUUCAUACCUGAUUCUGAGUCCUCUCUUUCUCUCUCUCACUCUCUCUCUCUCUUUCUCUCUCUUUCAAUGAGUCUGGCUAAAGAUUUGUCAAUUUUGUUGAUCUUUUCAAAGAACCAGC